AAGUUUGCAAAUUCUUUAACAUCAGUCAUGUCUAUCAGUAAAGACACUCCAGAUAUUGAGAAUUUGUUGGCAUUGAAUCCCAAAGUGAAUAGAUAUGCGAAAGUAGUUCCCAGUCUUGAAACCAAGACUAACAAAAAGCAUUGGAAACGAAAUCGAGACAAGAAUUGUAACUCGUGCGUCAGUUUAAAGAAUAAUUUCGAUGACAUAAAGCACACGACUCUCAGCGAAAGGGCAGCCCUUCGGGAGGCGGCCCGAUGUCUGAAGUGUGCGGACGCCCCCUGUCAGAAGGGGUGUCCCACACAACUAGACAUCAAGGCUUUCAUAUCUAUGAUCGCUAAUAAGAACUAUUACGGGGCGGCAAAAGAGAUUUUCUCUGACAACCCAUUAGGUCUGACCUGUGGAAUGGUAUGUCCGACCAGUGAUCUCUGUGUUGGCGGUUGUAAUCUGUACGCCACAGAGGAGGGGCCCAUCAAUAUUGGAGGUCUUCAACAGUUUGCUACUGAGAUAUUCAAAGACAUGAAAGUGUCUCAAAUACGAUCUCCAGAUUUGCCGCCAAUAGAAAGCCUUCCCAAAUCAUACGCUACGAGGAUAGGACUGAUAGGCUGCGGUCCGGCCAGUAUUAGUUGCGCUACAUUUCUGGCUCGACUCGGCUACCAUGACAUUACGAUUCUUGAAAAGCAACCAUUCAUUGGAGGUCUGAGCUCAGCGGAAAUACCUCAGUAUAGACUGCCCUAUAAAGUGGUCGCCUUUGAGAUCGACUUAAUGAAGGAUUUGGGCGUUAAAAUCGAAACAAACAAAUCUCUCGGACAUGACUUCACUCUUCAAUCCCUUCGAACUGACCAUAAGUUUGAGUGUAUUUUCAUUGGCAUUGGUUUACCCGAAGCUAAACGGCUGGAUAUGUUUAAAGGGCUGACCCCUGAGAAUGGAUUCUAUACAUCCAAAGAUUUUCUGCCACUCGUGAGCACUGCCAGCAAACCAGGGAUGUGUUCCUGUAAUGCAUUAAAGCUACCGGCCCUCCAUGGCAAUGUUGUAGUUCUGGGGGCCGGCGAUACAGCCUUUGAUUGCGCCACUUCUGCCCUCAGAUGCGGCGCUAAAAGGGUUUCCGUUAUCUUUAGGCGCGGUUUUACUAAUAUUAGAGCCGUUCCCGAAGAGAUGGAAUUAGCGCGUGAAGAGAGGUGUGAAUUCCUGCCAUUCCUGUCGCCAAACAAAUUGAAUGUAAACAACGGUCGCAUCGUUUCCAUUGAGUUCUUCAGGACAGAAGUGGACGACAACGGGAACUGCAUUGAAGACAAUGAACAAGUGAUGACAUUGAAGGCUGACUUUGUUAUAUCGGCGUUUGGUUCGGGAGUAUUUGAUGAGACAGUUAUCAGGGCCCUCUCACCUCUCGCACUCACCAAAUAUGGACAGCCAGUGGUGGACACGAAGACAAUGAAGACGAGCGAGGAGUGGGUGUUUGCCGGCGGGGAUAUAGCCGGUGUGUCUGAGACUACAGUGGAAGCCGUUAACGACGGAAAGACCGCCGCAUAUAAUAUCCAUAAAUACAUACAAAGCAAACAUAAUCUCACUAUAAAUGAGAUCUCGAAAGAAAUGCCGCGAUUUUAUACUGCCAUAGAUUUGGUGGACAUUAGUGUCGAGAUGUGUGGACUCAAGUUUAUGAACCCGUUUGGUUUGGCCAGUGCCCCACCGACUACCAGUGCCCCUAUGAUUAGGCGUGCCUUUGAGUCGGGCUGGGCUUUCGCUUUGACUAAAACCUUUAGUUUAGAUAAAGAUUUGGUUACAAAUGUCUCCCCGCGUAUAGUUCGCGGCACCACUUCUGGUCACAUGUAUGGGCCGGGUAUGGGUUCCUUCCUUAAUAUUGAACUCAUCAGUGAAAAGACUUCCGAAUAUUGGUGUCGAGCCAUCACUGAUCUUAAACGCGAUUUCCCCGAAAACAUACUCAUCGCUAGUAUUAUGGCUCCAUUUGUCAAAGAAGAUUGGGUUGAGUUGGCCGUCAUGUCUGAAAAGGCCGGCGCGGACGCUAUUGAGCUAAACUUAAGCUGCCCUCAUGGUAUGGGUGAACGUGGGAUGGGUUUAGCAUGUGGACAGGAUCCGCAUUUAGUGCGGAAUAUCUGUGUUUGGGUGCGGGAAGCCGUCAAAAUCCCAUUCUUUGCCAAAUUGACACCAAAUGUGACGGAUAUCGUGGAGAUUGCUAUCGCCGCCAAAGAAGGAAAAGCUGAUGGCGUAACCGCGACUAACACUGUAUCCGGUUUAAUGGACCUGAAAGGGAACGGUACUCCCUGGCCAGCCGUCGGUAUUCAGAAAAGAACUACUUAUGGGGGCGUUUCAGGCAAUGCCAUCCGACCGCUCGCCUUACGAGCCGUCUCUGCCAUCGCUAAGGCUUUGCCCGGAUUUCCAGUAUUAGCGACGGGUGGCAUCGAUUCAGCCGACGCUGGACUCCAAUUCAUAUAUUCCGGGGCAUCUGUACUACAGGUUUGCAGUUCUGUCCAAAACCAAGACUUCACUGUUAUUGAGGAUUACAUAAUAGGACUUAAAACAGCUCUUUAUCUAAGAAGUAUUGAUGAUAUGUCCGAAUGGAACGGACAGUCGCCCCCAACACCUAAGCAUCAAAAGGGAAAACCUAUUCAUUUGUUUGAUGAGAAACUGCCCGCAUUUGGUCCCUAUAAGAAGCAAAGGGAGCAAAAGGUUAUUGAUUUGAAAAUUAACUCUAAUUUAUUGAGCGAUGACUUAAAACCACCAAAAGUGAGACCAAUAAACAAACCGACGAGAGAUGUGGUGAAAAUUAAGGAUUUGAUUGGAAUAUCUUUGUCAAGAAUCGGAACUUUCGCUGAACUGGACGUAAAACUACAAAAAGUGGCCUUAAUUGAUCAAGAUAUGUGCAUUAAUUGUGGCAAAUGUUACAUGACUUGCAAUGAUUCUGGAUAUCAAGCGAUUACUUUCGAUAGCGAAACACAUUUGCCAUUUGUUACCGACGACUGCACCGGUUGUACGCUAUGUUUAAGUGUCUGUCCAAUCAUCGAUUGUGUGACAAUGGUUGAGAAGACUAUUCCUCAUUAUCCUAAACGGGGAAUACCUGUGAAGGGAGAGGUGAAGAAUCCGAGGAGAGUUAGCUUUCCUCUAUUGGCCCAAUGAUUAAGAUUUUUAUUUUUAAAUACAAUUAUUUUACUAUAUAUUUGGAAAUCAGUCAAUAAAAGUAUACUGCUUUGCAUUAUCGUUUUAAUUAUGUAA